AUGGAUCUGUACCAGAGAAUUGCAGAUGGCUGGUCUGAAAAAACUAAGAAAGACCUAGAAGGACCAAAGAGCUUCGCUAGAGGUGGAAGACCACUCAAGAUGCCAAAGAAUUAUGAUUUCAAGGUCAGAAAUGUCAAUUGGAAGGAGUAUAAGCAUGAUUAUAUUUUGAGAACUGAUGCUGUUUGGGAGAAGACUAAGCUACUUGAUCACUUUUAUGCAAUGUAUAAGGUAUUCAUGUAUGAUUCUAAGACUAAUGCUUACUUUGUAAAUGACCUGCGUGUUGUGCCCAACCCUUCUACUGAAGCUGACCACCUCCUCGACUGGGCCCCCUUCCGCGGCUUCUCCACCGUCGACGGUCUCAUCUGGACUGUAAAAGGAGGCCCCAAGUUGUUCGCAACCCCAGCAUUCUCUCACUUCGUGUGCGACAAAGAGGGUGAUGCCUGGUACUCAUGCUUCCUCGCAUUCCAGAAGUUCAUGCGUUGCAACGAGCACUCGCCAGUUUCGCUUGAAGAAGCACAUUUGCACAACGGGGGAUUUGAGAAGUACCCAUGCUUCGAGGAUGUCUCAGCAUUAUUUGUCGAUUGCGGUCCUGAUUUGUUCGAACAGAUGUACGAAAUGUAUAGACAACGUAUUAAAGGAAUGACAGAUAAGGCUCCAAGUUAUGCUCGUCUCCAGCUCUUCAAGGACCCAAUGAACACAGUCUCUGACAGAAAGGUCAGGCAUUACUAA